AGAAGGCCGCGCGUCCUGGGCACGCGCAGCAGAGCGCUCGGAAGCUGCGACGCCGAGUUUCGCUCUGACUGUCUUCUUCAGAGAGUCGGAGCCACAGCCGGAUCUCUGCCCAGGCCGAGCCGGAGCUGUACUUCGAGCGCGGCGGUGCCCUCAACCUGCCCCCUUGCCCUCCACAGCCUCGGUGCCUUGGAAUUUGUGUUGCUGAGUCAGCAAGCCUUUCACAUUUGCCUGGUUUUUGUUGUUUGCAAUUUAUAUAUCAAGAUGGGAACUCAAACAAGUCAUUCCUCCUGAAGAUCUACUGUCUCCAUCAAGAAGGGGCAGUUUGUGCCAGUUCUCCAGGGAGAAAAGGUCUGCUGGAGGUGCUAGGCAAUGAACCCAAGACUCCAGGACAGAGUGGUCUGAGCCAUUCACGAAAGUAGAGGGAGUCCUGGGGAAGAUGGCCAUGGCCCCAAGCCCUUCCCUGGCGCAGAUGUACAGUAGCCCCGUGGCAGUGGCUGUGUGGGAAUGGCAGGAUACGCUGGGCUCCUGGCACCCUUACAGUGCCACUGUCUGCAGCUACAUUGAGCAGCAGUUUGUCCAGCAGAAGGGUCAGCGCUUUGGGCUCGGGAGCCUGGCUCAUAGCAUCCCUUUAGGCCAGGCUGACCCCUCACUGGCCCCAUACAUCAUUGACCUCCCCAGCUGGACCCAGUUCCGCCAGGACACCGGUACCAUGCGGGCCGUGCGGAGGCACCUGUUCCCCCAGCACUCAGCCCCAGGCCAGGGUGUCAUCUGGGAGUGGCUGAAUGAUGAUGGUUCCUGGGUUGCCUAUGAAGCCAGUGUCUGUGAUUAUCUGGAGCAGCAAGUGGCUAGGGGCAACCAGCUUGUGGACUUGGCUCCCCUGGGAUACAACUACACUGUCAACUAUGCCACCCACUUGCAAACCAAUAAGACUUCCAACUUUUGUCGUCAUGUGCGGCGCCAAGCAGGACCCCCUUACCCAAUAACCACUGUCAUUGCUUCACUAGGCCACACGGGAAUUGCUUGCUCUUGCCACCAGUGCCUCAGUGGCAGCGGAACUGGCCCUGUGUCAGGCCGCUACCGUCACUCCAUGACCAAUCUCCCUGCAUACCCUGUCCCUCAGCCCCCCCAUAGGACUGCUGUUGUCUAUGGGGCCCACCAGGCCUUUGCCCCUUACAACAAACCCUCACUCUCUGGGGCUAGGUCUGCACCUAGGCUGAACACCACCAACCCCUGGGGUGGGGCCCCUCCCAUCUUGGGGAGCCAUACCCUCUACCACUCCAGCCUCUCCCACCUGGGACCCCAGCACCUGCCCACAGGAUCAUCUGCUUCCAGUGCAGCCAGUGCCUCCCUCCCCAGCGGUCCCUCUAGCAACCCUGGAAACAUCCCUGCCACUGUGCCUGUGCAGAUGCCAAAGCCCAGCAGGGUCCAGCAAGCACUUGCAGGCAUGACGAGUAUUCUGAUGUCAGCCAUUGGACUCCCUGUGUGUCUUAGCCGCGAACCCCAGCCCGCCAGCCCUCCCGCCUCCUGUCUGGCCUCUAAAAGUCACAGCUCAGUUAAAAGAUUGAGGAAAAUGCCCAUGAAAGGAGGGACUACAAAGCCAGAGCCAGAACAGGUGAUAAAAAACUACACUGAAGAGCUAAAAACACCCCCAGAUGAGGACUGCAUCAUCUGUAUGGAGAAGCUGUCUGUGGUAUCUGGGUACAGCGAUGUGACUGACAGCAAGGCCAUUGGGCCCAUGGCCGUGGGCCGCCUCACCAAGUGCAAUCACACCUUUCACCUGCUGUGCCUGCUGGCCAUGUAUUGCAACGGGAACAAGGAUGGAAGUUUGCAGUGUCCCUCUUGCAAAACUAUCUACGGAGAGAAAACGGGGACCCAGCCUCAGGGGAAGAUGGAGGUUUUAGGGUUACAGAUGUCACUCCCAGGCCAUGAGGACUGUGGGACAAUACUCAUCAUUUACAAUAUUCCUCAUGGCAUCCAGGGCCCUGAGCACCCUAAUCCUGGAAAGCCAUUCACUGCCAGAGGGUUUCCCCGCCAGUGCUACCUUCCAGAUAACACCCAGGGCCGCAAGGUCCUGGAGCUCCUAAAGGUGGCAUGGAAGAGACGCCUCAUCUUCACAGUUGGGACAUCCAACACUACGGGAGAGACUGACACCGUGGUAUGGAAUGAGAUCCACCACAAGACAGAGAUGGACCGCAAUGUGACAGGUCAUGGCUACCCUGACCCCAACUACCUGCAGAACGUGCUGGCUGAGCUGGCUGCCCAGGGAGUGACUGAGGACUGCUUGGGGCAGCAGUGACCUGCCAGCCUCCCACUCCUGACUUUGGUGACCGCCCCACCACUGUUGACUGGGCUUCCUUCCCUGAGUGGGCAGUCAGGAAAGUGCCCAUCCUGAAAGGCUAGAAUGUGUGUUGGGGGUGCAGGGUGCAUGCCACCUGAAGCCAGGGCUUCUCCCUCUGGGCAUGGAUCUGCGUGGGAAUUGGGCAACCCUGGGGAGUUGUACUUAUGGGGCUUAAGAUGCAGCUACCUCAGUGUACGGGGCCCUUCUGUCCUCCAGGGGGCUGCUGUGGGCUCAUAGCACCCAGGGCCUGGUGUGGGGUGAGUAGAGACUUGCCCCAGCCUGGGCAGGCGUGGGUUCUAGGUCAGCUUCUCAUACCUCAUAUUUUGUUUGCAAUAAAUAAAUGUUCUAUAGCCAAA